CCGAAAAUAUUUCAAGCAUUUGAACUGCAAGCAGGGAAGGGGUUGAGCGGGGGAAGGAGAGAGCGAGCGAGGGAUACACACUCUCACACACACACACUCUGCAGCUAGCGGCUAACUGGGCGCAGCGCUGACAGCGGAGCAUGGCGCGCUCUCCGGGGCUUCGUCGGCUCCAGAAAGGCGAUUCCGACGCGCCGACGCAGCCGCGCUGAAGCCGGGGGUCCGCCGGCAGGCUGCGGGAUGGCCGACCCUCUGCGCAGAACUUUAUUCGCCAAACUGCGAGGGAAGAGACCCAAGAAGGGGACGCCAGCUGAAGGUAAAGAAGUAGUUUCCCAAGCGGGCGCCGCGCAGGCUCUGCGAGCAGUCCCGAGCGCGGAGCGGGACUGCGCGUCCGCCGCGAGCAGAGGUAAGCGGAGCGGCUUUAACGGGGGGGUCCACAGCCCUCCUGGGAGGUUAGGUGGCCGCGGCGCGGCGGUGUCGGGCGGCGCGUCCCCCCGCCGCGAGGCGAGCAUGCGCGUAAACACCGGGGCGCCGAGCCUCGGAGGUCCAGAUAAUGAAACGCGCUCGGGGGUCUCUGUUCAAAGCGAAGUCCCUGACGGGAGGAGCGACAGAGGCGACGUGAAACGAUUCCACAGACAGGAGGUCUGCCUGUCAAAGCCCGGGCCGUUACCGCGGCGGCACGCAAGAGGAGACUGCAUAGGCUUCGGGAGCGGCGCGAGUGCUCGGUUUGAGCACGGAGGGGCCGUUAAAGCCGCAGACGGCCGGGAACCUUGUUUGGAGAGCAGUGGGACCGGCGAGAGAGCUGCGCUCGGCUACGAUGCCGCUUCAUUCAUCCCGAGAGACGUGAGCAGGUUUAACUGUACCGGCGAUCAGCUACCAGAGAGCGGCGUCACUGCCGGUGGGACGCGAACGCAUAACUGCGGCCGCCCUCGCGUUUUUCAUUACAUCGGCAGGAACGGCGACGAAAGCGACUUAAUUCGGACUGUUGAAAGUUCCCUCGAACUUUGCCGAGAUUUCAGGAUGCCGGCGCUGCAAAGUCCGACGUUUUUCCCCACCGAGCUGGAAGUGGUCCGCGCGGACGUGACCUCGCUUCUCGCGAGCUCUCGAGACCGUCACCACUCCGUGGACAGCGAGGACGACGACUAUUAUGACAAUGAAAUCCUUCCGUUUUACGAGUGCGGCACGCGGAACCCGGAACCUGAUGAGCCGGCCGAAACGUCCUCGCAGUCCCGGUCGGACCGGGACGCGACGCGGGAGACGGACAGGCUGAGGAACCGGCUGAAAGAGGCGCUCUACCUGCUGAUGAACGCCAUGCACGACAUGGAGCUGGACGGCCGGUCCAGUUCCAGCGGCUGCGCGGAGCAGAGCGGCAGCUCCAGCCAGUCCCGCGACAGCGUGACCUGGCCGGCGGACAGCGACGUCCCGCCGGCGAGUGGGCGGGGCUGCCGCGGGGUGGGCGGGGUCUCGCGGCGGAGCCGUAGCCUGCAGAGCCUGGCCCCGUCCCAGGGGAGGGGCAUACUGCAGCGGUCUGCGAGCGACGGGGGCGUGCGCUACCCCGCAGAGUGUAACGGGGGCGGCGCGCACAGCGGGAAGGGAAGUGACCACGCCCCCGGGGCCGUCGCGCCGGACGCAGGGGGUCCAGCGAGCGACGGCCAGCCGCGCUUCAAGGACGCGGCCACGGCGGAGGCUGCCGUGCCCGUGCCAGAGCACGUGUGUGAGGAGAAGACGCACCUGUGCGGACCGCCUGCUCUUCCCGGUAUCAUGGCUGUAAAAGCUGCCCCUCGCUGCCGGGAGCUGCCGAACCAGAGCGCGGGUGCUGGCGUCGGGAGGCCGCCCGGAGUCACCGUCAACAAGUUACAGGAAUGGAUGCACAGGGGCCGUGUGCUGUCGUCGGAGAUGCGCCAACGCAUUGCCGGAUCCUCCGCGCGCGGGGUUGAGGGGCAGGUGUGGGCUGGGCGCCCCAGCCAUGUGUGCGCCCCACGCGGGGACAAACCUGGGAGCAUGGGCCCUGCCGGAGCGCCCCAGCCAGUAGCUCUGUCAGACAGUAGCAGUGCGACCUGCCGUGAUCCCUGUUGUCGUCCGGUUCCUCUCAACUCCAUCACGGUCUCCAAGAAGCGAAACUGGCUACACCAGAGCUCCACCCGCCCCUCCCUGCCCUCUGACGAUGCGUCACCCCUCCGUCUCACGGUCGCCGAGGACGACCGUGGCCCCUCUCCCGACCCCCCCACGCCUCGCCAGCCGCGGGUCCGUCCGGGCGCGAGACCGGUCCGCGGCUCGCCCCUCCCCGUCGACCCGACGGAGGAAAACGACGCGGACGAUGAGGGCGAGAUAUGGUACAACCCCAUCCCCGAGGACGAGGAGGCGGAGCUCUCGCAAGGUGGCCCCGCCCCCCGGCCGGCAGAGGCCUGCGGGGAGGGGGGCGGGGCGGAGUGCAGCGGGGAUGCUGUGAGCGGGAUUACCGUGCAUUCCGGGGAGCAGGGCCAUCUGUCCCGGCAGACGUGCAGAACACAGGAGGAACUCCUCCCGGCACAACCUGCGGCUACAGAGGUGUGUGAGCCAAGCGUGGGAGGCUCGGCCUGCAGCCUCAACCCGGCCAAGAAGACCUGCUCCAUCAGCUGGUCCCUGCCCGAGCGCAUCCGGUCCCCGCGCACCGUCCGCAAGCUGUCCAUGAAGAUGAAGAAGCUUCCGGAGCUCAGCCGCAAGCUCAGCGUCAAAGGGAACCCCGCCCCCGCCUCCAGCGGCCAAUCGGAAAGCAGGGCGUGCCCGGUGCGGGCUGACAGCACGCCCAAGCUGUCGCCGGGGUCUGCAGCGUUGGCGAGCGGCAACGUGAUCUGGCGCUACCACCUGGACAGCAGCGUGUGCACGCAGAAGGGUGCUGUCGCCGUGGUGCCCAAGUCCGCCAGCAAGGGCGGUUACCUUAGCGACGGGGACUCCCCAGAGCUGGUGGCCAAGUCCAGCAAGCACAGCGACCCCCGGGACAGGGAGGCGGCCCCGGGGCCCAGGGCCCCCGGCUGGGACCUGGACAUUGAUGCCUUCCGGCCAUACAGCUUCUCGGAGCAGGCGCGGUGCACGGCCUACCUGUCGGGGCUGAUGAGCGUGCACCUGUGUGGGGCCGAGGGCCUGAGACCCCGGCGCGGGGACUCGCGCGACGUCUACUGCGCCAUCCAGGUGGACUCAGUGAACAAGGCGCGCACGGCGCUGCUGGCCUGCCGCACGGCUUUCCUGGACAUGGACCACAACUUCAACAUCGAGCUGGAGAACGCCCAGCACCUCAAACUGGCGGUGUUCAGCUGGGAGGCGGAGCCUCAGAGACGCAGCCGCGUGUGCUGCCACGGCACGGUGGCGCUGCCCCCGCUCUUCCGGCCGGCCGGUUCCCGCGCCCAGCGCCUGGCUGUGCGCCUAGAGCCGCGCGGGGUCAUCUACGUCAGGCUUGGUCUGAUGGAGCGCUGGGCCAACUCUCUGGACGCGCCUGAUGGGGAGGGCAGCCGCGAGGCGCGGGUCUUCGGCGCCGACCCUGCUAGCGUGGUGGAGCGCGAGGGGGUGGGACUCUCCGUGCCGCUCCUCAUUCAGAAGUGCAUCGACGAGAUCGAGAGGCGGGGCUGCCAGGUGGUGGGCCUGUAUCGUCUGUGUGGCUCAGCCGCAGCGAAGAAAGGACUGAGAGAAGCGUUUGAGAGGAACAGCUGUGCUGUGCAGCUGUCGGAGACCAACUACCCCGACAUCAACGUCAUCACAGGUGUUCUUAAGGACUACCUGAGGGAGUUGCCGUCCCCUCUCAUCUCGAAGCCGUUGUACGAGGCUGUCCUGGACACCAUGUCUACGAGACCUCUUCUCAUUGGCUGUGGCGGCUGUGAGAAUGACCCUGCAGACUCUGACCACACUGUCGGCUUGCUGGACGCUCUGCCCCAUGUCGAUAAGGCGACCCUGUGGAAGCUUCUGGACCACCUGAAGCGUGUGGCGUCCCACCACGAGGUGAACAAGAUGACGUGUCAGAACCUGGCCGUGUGCUUCGGCCCUGUUCUGCUCAGGCAGAGGCAGGACGCUGCAGGACUCGCCAACCGCGUGUUCAUCGACUCGGAGGAGCUGGCCAGUGCGCUACACUUUAAAAAACACAUCGAGGUCCUGCACUACCUGCUGCAACUGUGGCCAGUUGUGGACGCGCAGACUAAACCCCCGUCUCCCAUCCUGGAGCCCCGUGCCGACCCGCCAGCCGCGGCCCCCGUCCGAAGACGGAAGGAACGUCCUCAGGUGUUGAACUUGGACGACGGCGACCUGGCGGGCGUGCUGCGGCCCCGCCCCGGUCGCCUAGACAGCCCGAGCAACCGCUACGCCGGCGACUGGUCAGCCUGCAGGGACGCGUACCUCCAGCCGGGCCGGCCCGAGGAGGCCGACUACGAUGACGUGCCUGAAGAACCUCCCGCUGGUCACCAGGAGACCGCGAGCGAGGGCGGGGUUUCCCAGGGCGGAGGCAGAGCCUCUGAGCUGGAGGCAGCAACCGCAGACAAUGACGUGAUGGACGUGGAGGCGGAGGCGGAGCUCAAGCUGGAGGCGGAGCCAGAGAGCAGUGGAGAGCAGAGCGAGGAGGACAGGGGCGUGGUCCAGCUUCAACGGGACGUUGCCGCGGCGAUCGUCCCCGUCUGCCGAGAUCGGGUCCGGUCCGAGCGGGACGAACGCGCCUACCAGGCCUACAUGAAGAUCAGCCACAGGGUGAACCUGCGGGACCUGCGGGACCUACAGGACAGCAUCGACACGCUGAUUGGAAACCUGGAGCGGGAACUGAACAAGAACAAGCUGACCGUGGGCUACGGCCUCUCACACUGACUCCAGCAGUCACACACGGACACGGAGCAUGGACGUACUGACAUUCCUUUGUUUUGAAUGAUCUGAGACGUCUUCUCGGUUCCUCUGUCUUUGAUUUUGUUCUUUAUGUCGUGAGUUGUUUUCUUCUUAUUAGAAGAACCCAUUCAGCCCCGUGGGGUUGCCAGGUGCCUUCAUUAUGUAAAGGUAGAACUUCAGGCAACGGAGUUUUCUCUAAUGUCCUGUUUCUGUAGAGCGACGGGAUAGACUUGUAACCACGUAAACAAUGCACUUAUGAACCCCGCGUCUGGAGGCGGCGUUCAGAUAAACACAGACCCUAAAAUCCCUAAACCAGAGACAUGUCUGAUCCCUAAAGUGUGAAUCUCCCCGCACUGUGAUGUAGAUGCAGGGCAAAUCAGGCAACCCAUGUGUACCCCAGAUGAACCGACACAUCCCAGAAUGCCUAGGCGCUGACGACCCUCCCCGUAAACACACUGGUACGAUGGACCUUGUGCAGACAUUCCUACACCUCAAUGCUGCAUCCUAAACACUCUCUUGUCCUGAACACACCCCAGGAGAAUGCCCUCCGUCUUUAGCCUUAACCCCCUGCCCAACACACACACACCUCUCCAGUCUAUUUAAAACAAUUACAAAUGCUUCACACUCUACAUUACCUGUACAAAACAAAAACAUCUUCACAGUAACUAGUGAAGUAACUAGUGAUACUUCAGAAUAGUUAGUAGAAGCUAAAUAAUCAUGUUUUAAAGCAAAUGUUUUCUCGCCUCCAGCCGGCCCCUUGCUAACAGAGUCAGGUUUGAAACGCGUGCGUGUAAGGUACAAACUCCCUGACCGUCUGGAGCACCAGGCUUCCCAGAAAGACAGAGGGCAGGAAAACUCUCACAGCCGGAUGAGUCUUGGAUGGGCCUGGGACGUUGGCGUUGGCUUGUGAUUGGCAUUGCCAUGGUUACUGUCUGUAGGGUACUGUCAUACUUUGUGCAGUUCAGGGGCGCGGUACUCGUGGAGUAUUUAUCGGACACAGACAUGUAUAGAUAUAGUAGGAGUACGUUCUGUUUUUUGACAGCUGUUUAUAUUGGACAGUGUUUAUAUUUAAAUGUUUCUCAGCUGCCUUGUAGUAUUUGCCCUGUAGAUUAGAAUCAGAUUCAUUAAUGAAUAAAUAAAAGUAUUGAUUGAUUUUUUUUUUAUUUUUUUUUUCCUUAAGCUACCAGGACACAUUUGCAGGAUGUACAGAAGCAGACGAAGCUGUAAAGUGUGUGUGUGUGUGUGUGUGUGUGUGUGUGUGUGUGUGUGUGUGUGUGUGUGUGUGUGUGUGUGUGCGUGCGUUAUCUUAGGGUAGUGUAUUUAGGGGAGUCCGCGCUUGGGUCAAAAGCUUUACAGUAAAUACGUGUAUCUAAAUGCCUCCUACACUCUGUAUUUAUGCGUGUAAAUAGAGAUUGUUUGUUUUAAUUAUGGUCAAAUCGUGGUUGGUUUUUCCUGUUUGGCAGCUGUUCACAAUUGUAAAUUAGUCAUGCUAAACAAGCGUCUGUCUGAGAUCAUGGGGCUGUGGCUAUCAGCCCCGUAGUCAGUGUGUGUUUGUGCUUUAAGCCUGUUUGUCACAUCUAGACUAAUUAAAUCUGGAUGAUGACUACACCAGUUUUGAAACGGUUGGACAAUCUCGUAGAGGAUGUUCUUGGUGCAGAACUAAAAACUAUCUGUGUAAAAUGUUUUUCAUUUUUCCAGUGGUGUUUAUUUUCCCCCCAGAAGCCACAGCGUAAAGGUCAUUUGUUAAAUGGGAGCGCACAGUUCCAAGGUCUCCAUUCCUAGUGUAGAUGCUUUUGGAGAAACGCGAAUAACUGCCUCUACCCAACCCGACCUGGUUAGGUCACCUCGGGUGUAGAUUAGUCGGGUCUGGAAAUGAAGACCACCUUUCCUUCCUUGUCUUCUCGUUCAUGGUACCUUUGGGCUGGCACUGAAGAUGUGAGGUGGCCCCAAGUGCUGGUCUGAGGUCAGACAUUCUUGCCAGAGUUCUGCCAUCUAUUGAAAAAAGGGGUGGAGUUAUGGCAGAUCCAGAGUCAGCACUGAGGGAUCACUCAUGCGUGUAAAAGGUACUGGACUUGAUGUAUAACGUGAGGCCCUCAGUGGUUUUUUGUUUGUUUGUUUUUGUUUUUUGUCAAAACAUUCCUUUCUUUUUUUCUAUCCCACACUUUUUUUUUUGUCUCUCUGCUCUCUCUCUCUCUCUCUCUCUCUCUCCAACGAUGCCUGUUGUCUCCAGUCUUUUGUGGGGUUUUUGUCUUGUUUUUAAACAGUUUGGUUCAACUGUUCUGACAAUGGACAGAACCCCAAUAUGAUGAACAUAUCACUAAACCAGUUAUGCUUUGUACUGAUAUUGACAUUAAUAUGGUCCCAUUAAAGUGUGUAUUUCA